GUUUACGUCGCACAAUCAACAGUAUCAAAACGUUUAUCCCAUACAUUUUCUAUUCGGCGAAAGCAAAGACGUGAAUACAUUGUUUUGAUUCAUAAAAGUUAAGAAUAUCCACACUAAAAAUGGGAAAGAAGAGUAAAAAGUCGCACAAAAAGUCAAGUCAAAGGUCUUCGUCAAUUGCAUCACCGUCGGAUGAAAGAGACCGUAGAAUGGAUGAAUCAAAGAAGUCAUCAAAAUCACAAUCAGUUGAAAGAAGUCAGCAUCGUUCACGAGACAAAUCAAGAAAUCGUUCAAGAGACCGAUCAAAAGAUCGCUCAAGAGAUCGUUCAAGAGACCGUCAUACAAAUGAUAGAAAGCGUUCACGAAACCGUUCAAAAGAUCAUUCCAAAAAACGACAUAAACGCGAUAAAAAAUCAUCACAUGAACGCGAUAAGAAAAAAUCAAGACGAUCACAAUCAUCUGAGAGUAAUAGUUCGUCAUCGAGUUCAAGUUCGUUGAAAUUAUUGCAAAAAUUGGAAACAAAACGGAUACAAGAAGCAUUGGAACGAAAAAAGCAAAAAGAAUUGAUGAAACAAAUGGAAACGCCCGAAGAGAAACGGGCACGUCGCUUACGUGAAAAACAGGCAAAGGAAUUAAAACGUCGAGAACGAAUGGGUUGGGAUACCGAAUAUCAACAUUAUACAAACGAUGAUAAUCCAUUUGGCGAUGCAAAUUUGACAUCGACAUUUGUGUGGAAGAAAAAAUUGGAGCAAAAAGGUUUGACAAAUUUACGUGACGAAGAAAUCGAGAUAAUUAAUCGUCAAAAGCAAAUGGAGAACAAGGCCGAAUUGGAAAAAGUGAAAAAACGACGACAAGAACGUGAAUUAGAGCAGCAACAACGCGAAGAGGAAAUGGCACUAUUGCAACGAUCACGUGAAGCGGCCCAAUUCGAAGAGUGGGAAAAACAAGAGGACCAAUUUCAUUUGGAACAGGCACGAUUACGUAGUAAAAUUCGAAUUCAAGACGGUCGCGCAAAACCAAUCGAUUUACUUGCACAAUAUGUGUCCACGCAUAAUUUGGAGGAAACAAUUGAAAUGCAAAUGCACGAACCGUAUACUUAUUUGAAUGGUUUGAGCAUUGAAGACCUGGAGGAUUUGCUUGAGGACAUUCGUGUUUACAUGGAAAUGGAUAAAAGUAAUGAGAAUCGAGACUAUUGGGAAGAUUUGACCAUCAUUGCAAGCGACGAACUGCAAAAGCUACGAAAAACUGAAUUUGGCGAUUAUCAUGCGGCUGUUCUCAAUCGUGAGGGUAUCAAUCAAAGUGUUGCACGCGACGUGACAUCGAUUGUUCAAGGUAAAACUGCACUACAAUUGGACGAACUUAAAUUGAAAAUUGAGGCGAAAAUUAGCAGUAAAAGUGAUGGCGUUGACAUUGGGUAUUGGGAAUCGUUGUUGUCACAGUUAAAAGCACACAUGGCACGGGCACGAUUGCGUGAUCAACAUCAAGAGAAUCUAAGAAACAAAUUGGAAAUGUUAAAACGUGAACAAGUUGAUACGGACGAACAAAUGCAUAACAGUCAAGAGAAUGAUGAACCAUCAACGUCGGGCAUUAAACGUGAAUCAAAUGAUGAUGAUGAAAAUAGCCAAGAUAUGGAAGACGAUGAAGAAGCCAUGGAUUUAUUAGAGAACUGUUUUGCAUUGUACACACAGGGCAAUUACUCACCCGAAUAUAUGCGCGAAGAAGAUAUUGACCAACAUAUUCGUGUCAUUGACGACGAUCAACUUGAGACGAAUAUUGAGAAGGUACGAAAUCGGGUGCUAAAUCGUGCCGAUGAUGAUGAAGAUGAUUUUGCUACGAAGGAAGAAAUUCGAUUGGCCCGACAGUGUCGAGACUCAUUAGGUAUAAAUAAUGAAGAAGUCGAAUUUUCAGUCGAAACAAAACUCGAUUCGGAAGUUUAUUUAUGGAGUGAUAAAUAUCGGCCACGUAAGCCACGAUACUUUAAUCGUGUACACACCGGAUUUGAAUGGAACAAAUAUAAUCAAACACAUUAUGACAUGGACAAUCCACCACCGAAAAUCGUUCAAGGAUACAAAUUCAAUAUUUUCUAUCCGGAUUUGAUUGACAAAAAUUCAACACCACAAUAUUUCCUGACACCAUGUCCAGAUAACAAAGACUUUGCUGUAUUGCGCUUCCAUUCUGGUCCACCGUACGAGGAUUUGGCGUUUAAAAUUGUAAAUCGUGAAUGGGAAUUCAGUUACAAGCGUGGUUUUCGCUGUCAAUUCCACAACAACAUAUUUCAGUUAUGGUUCCAUUUCAAGCGCUAUCGAUAUCGCCGAUAAACAUUUCACAAUCACUCAAAAUAUACACGCAAAUCAAUGUGUUUAUUUUUAUCUGUUGUCCAAACUUAUUAGUUAAAUGUGUCAAAGAAUAAAUGUUAACAAACACAAAUUCUAAAAAUACCAAUAAAGAAAACACUUAUUUCAACACCUAAUCACCCAAAAUUUAUAUAAAAAAGACCGAUAGUGACACCGUAUCGAUUGGGAAAAAAAUUCAUUGAACGCUUGGAGUAAAAAUCAUAUUUAAAUUGUAAACAUUUUGAUUUGGCUGCUAUACGUAUGGUUGUGUUCAAUGGAGCGUUAUUAAUUCAAAGAUUCGUUUGGUCUAUACUAUGCAUGCCAGAAGCUACACACCGAUAAUCAAUUCAAAUAUGUGGGGAAAAAUUGCUUUUAGAUUAAUCAGUGAAUUGCAAAAUACCAGAAAUUAUUGAAAAAGUAAAAAUAUAAAUAUGUUGAUAAGA